UCCAAACGAUCCCCAUCAAUCAAAUCCACCACCCACUCUCUCAUCUCAAAUCAUUUUCCCCAUCUACAACCACCUUCUUAUACUACAGCAGCCAAAAUGCCACCCUCACAACCCCUAACCCUCAUCGUCGCCACGACCCCAAUCCGCACAAGCGAAAACCUCCCCACCCGCCUCGGCAUCGGCCUGCACGGCACCCUCCCCUGGCCGCGCAUAAAAGCAGACAUGGCGUUCUUCGCGCGCGCGACAUCGCGGCCCCCUCGCCCCGGAACCACCAACGCGAUUGUCAUGGGCCGCAAGACCUAUGACUCGCUGCCUCAACACCUCCGCCCGCUCGCGAAGCGCAUCAAUGUCGUGAUUACGAGGGAUGCAACUGGUUCUGUUCGGGAACGGAUAAUGAGGGAGUUGGAGGCGAAGAGGGCGAAGGCUGUUGCUGUUGCUGCUGCUGAGCAGGCGCAAGCUCAGGCUCAGAAACAAGAGCAGGCGCAGACAGAUGCUCUCGUGAGUACCGGCCUUGAGGACGCGCUUGCGAGUUUGGAGGGUGGUUACGGGGCGGAGGGGAAAUUGGGGAAUGUAUUUGUGAUUGGUGGGGCGGAGAUAUACGCUUCUGUGUUGCGCAUGAGCGAGACACAACCGGUGAGGAUUGUGAUGACGAAUGUGGAGAGGGUGGAUGGGACGGAGUUUGAGUGUGAUACUUUCUUCCCGGUAGAUGAGGAGCUUUCGACUGGGGAGAAGUGGAGGAUGGCGAGUGAGGAGGAGGUGUCCGGGUGGGUGGGCGAGCAGGUCUCGUCGAAAUGGAGGGAGGAGGGCGAUGUGCGGAUUCAGAUGGUGGGUUACGAACGGAUAUUGUAGUGACAGGGGUCGCAGGUUGAGCGCUUGGCAAUCUCAUAUACAUAUGUCAAUAUUGAUCUCCGUAUAUACUGUAACAUGCCGUCAUGAUGUAUGUCCGCUG